AUGUUCACGCGCAUCUCGCUUCUCCUCGCCCUCGCUGCGUCGGCGACGUCGACUAUCUCGACCGGCACGUGCUCGUGGGGAUCCAAGAACGCCGUGUCCUCGGUGAUCGUCCAAGCCAACUGCAACGCCGGCGACAGCGACAGCGAAACGAUUUCAUUGCCGGGCAAGACCACCGUAGCGCUCACGAUGACGCUGAAGAGCCCGGUUGGCGGCUCGUACACCAACGCGACGUCGUUUGCCGCCAAGGUCAAAGUCUUUGGGACCAAGAAGAUUUCCUCCAAGAACGGCGACGGGCCGUACCACGUCCCCAAAGCCAACGACGAGUACGCGGGCUGGAACCGUCGCACGACCGACGCUGCGAACGACGGCGCCUCGAGCGGCUACGACGCUGACAAUGCGUAUGAAUCGAACAACGAUUACUUUGACAACGGCGGCUACGGUGCCGACAAGG